CUUGUUUCCGGUCCCGCGAGCCGCUGCAGCCGCAUCCGCGCGGUGCGAGGAGCAGCAGGCCCGCUGGUCGACGGGCCGGGUCGGGAGAGCCUCCUUCCCCGGGAGCGGAGCGACAGGAACCAGUCUGCAGGGACCUGUCCACAGGGACCUGUCCACUGGAACCAGUCCACUGGAACCAGUCUGCAGGGACCUGUCAACAGAGACCUGUCCACUGGAACCAGUCCACUGGAACCAGUCUGCAGGGACCUGUCCACUGGAACCAGUCUGCAGGGACCUGUCCACUGGAACCAGCCCCUGGGAACUGGUCCGUGUCCUCUCCUGGGGACCUGUCACCUGCACACAGGAUGCCGCCAUGCAGCGAUGCUGCAGAAGGUUCCUGGAGAAGCUGAGAGGUUUGAGGAGCAGGACUGAGCAGACUGGUUCCCAGCAGGAGCUCUGGAGAUGAUCUCAGAUCAGUGCUGCUGGUCCUGACACCAUGAAGCUGGAAGGUACCAUCAGCUGCUCCCUCAGGACUGCUAUGGUCUAACACACCCGCUUGGUUCCCCUGCAAGACAGAACCCGUCCUCUGGGGACCAUGGACCGCCACGCAGAGUGCUGCCUCUGUGAUCUGGAGGACGAGCCGCCUCUCCACAGCGUCCACGCUCCCAACCGCAUCCGGCCGUCCUCGUACCGAGCCCUGAGGAGCGCCGUGUCCAGCCUGGCCCGCAUCGACGACUUCUUCUGUGAGAAGAUCGGCUCGGGCUUCUUCUCCGAGGUCUUCAAGGUGCAGCACCGGAUCACGGGUCAGGUGAUGGCUCUGAAGAUGAACACUCUGCCGAGUAACAAAGCCAACAUGCUGAGAGAGGUGCAGCUGAUGAACCGGCUGAGCCACCCCAACAUCCUGAGGUUUCUCGGGGUUUGUGUGCAUGAGGGUCAGCUCCACGCUCUGACUGAGUACAUUAACGGAGGGAGCCUGGAGCAGCUGCUGGACAGUGAUCUGUUCCUUCCCUGGCCUGUCAGGAUGAGGCUGUCCCUGGAUAUCGCCCGAGGACUGCAGUACCUGCACAGCAAGGGCAUAUUCCACAGAGACCUGACCUCCAAGAACUGUCUGGUCCGCUGUGACAGCGGCCGGUUCACCGCUGUGGUGGGAGACCUGGGCCUGGCAGAGAAGAUCCCUGAGUACAGUGGCGGGCAGAAGUCUCCUCUGUCCAUCGUGGGUUCUCCGUACUGGAUGGCUCCGGAGGUGUUGAGAGGAGAGCUGUACGAUGAGAAGGUGGAUGUGUUUGCGUUCGGUAUCAUCCUGUGUGAGAUCAUCGCUCGAAUCGAGGCCGACCCCGACUUCCUGCCCCGGACCGAGGACUUCGGUCUGGACGUGAAGGCCUUUGAGAGCAUGGUCGGGGACUGUCCUCCGCGGUUCCUGGGCCUGGCCGUGACCUGCUGUAAUAUGAGCGCUGCGCAGCGUCCGUCCUUCUCCCAGAUCGUCCGUCAGCUGGAGAGCAUGGAGAGAGAGGAGCGGGACGGAGCCGUUGCCCCGGACCCUCUGCUGGUGGGAGUCAGCCCGUCCCGGCAUCGAGGCUUGGCACGGAGCCAGUCGGACAUGUUGCCCCCCGCCGCUCUGACCUCCCCCCUGCUGGGCACGCCGGCCCGGGUCAACCCCUUCUGUCUCAGACAGGACCUGAACGGCGGGCGGUGCAAGCUCAUGGACACGCCCAGCAAGUCGGUCAUCUCCCUGACCUUCGCCCUGCCGGCGCCCCGGGACCCCUGCGCCUCCCCCUACCUCCUCAGACCCGGCCCCGGGCCACGGAGGUGCCGGUCCCUCCCCUGCACGCCGGAGCUGAGCCGGACCGAGGCCUUCGCAAAAGACCCGGCGGACGGGUGGAGGGAGGGAGAGCGGCGGAGCGAGGACGCCGCCAGCAGGACGCCUCGGCUCCAGAACCCGGAGGACGUGGUUCAGGAGGCGGGACCGCCUGUGGAGCUGGAGAUGGUGUCUCUGGAGCGACUGGAGGAGGAGGAGGAGGAGGAGGAGACCAGCCUGUGUCUGACUGAACCCAUGGACUGCAGCAGGUCUCCAGAGCCGCCAGACAAAGUUCUGGGUUUUUCUCCCGGAGGAUCGCUGCUCACGUCCACGUCCUCCUCUCGCUCCUUAUGGACCAAUGGGUGGAGACUCCCCGUGUCUCGUGGACCCCCGUGCCUGCCUCCUCUCCCACGGCUGGACAACAACAACGGCUCUGCGGCGGUGAUUGGUCAGCAGGUGCAGUGGGGCGGAGCCAGGCCUGAGGGGGGCUCUGACUCUGAGCAGGAGGAGGUCUUCUGUCCGGGCUGCUGCCUGCUGGGGCUGGGCCUCCCCUCGGCGUGCCUCCGCGGUUCGGCCGCCGUGCCGGUCCCCCACCGCCGGGCCUCGCUGCCGCAGCAGCGUCCCUACAGGAAUCCGGGCGGUACCGGGAGCGGCGGUACCGGGAGCGGCGGUGGUACCGUGCCCUUGGCGGCAGCGACCACCACGGCUGCCAAAACUCUGUUGUUCCGUGGCACCAACGGCCUGGUGGCCCCCCCGGUGCCCCGAGAGCCUGGACACCCCCUGCCAGAGGCCCAGUCGUAGCCCCGCCCACUGGGCAGCCCCGCCCCUGAGUGGCUGGAGGGCAGUGAGGGCCUUCUGUCGGCUGAGCAGCUCCACCUCUGUUAAAUUAAAUGGAAAGAAAUAUUUUACUCUGAAACACUUUUUUUCUGUGCAGUGGACUUAAAAUCAAAGAGACUCCAUAAAAAUGAAACCACUGUUAACCCCCCCUCCCCCCACCACCUUUCUUUAGCCCUCUGAAACAGAACUCUGAAGAAACAAAGAAACGACUCAAAGGCAAACGUUCAGAAAGAAAAAGCGAUU